CGGUAUCCAUAUGCGCAUACACUCGAACACACACAUCCACCGGCCUCACCACUCUCUCCGCCUCUCUCUGUCGUUCGGUCGCUCUCAGUUGUGCACGAGAUGAUGAGCAUCCUGAAAGACGAACAACACCAGCAACACGGCGAGAAGCUCGAAUGGAUUGUGAUCUGGCUGAUUGGUAUUGAGAUUGUCAUUGGAGUGGCUGGCGUGUGUGCAACUAUCUUCACGUCCACAUGGUUCUCUGAGCGCUGA